AUGGACGAGGAGAUGCUUGAGGGUGUUGCUGUGGGCUCAGAUGGUCAGUCCUCUACCCGUUUGAUUCCUGAGGUGAAGAUGAGGGAGGGGGCGUUACAGGGGGGAGGAGGCUCUGGGCCCAAAGUGGUUUUCUAUAAAGACAAGCUUCUGAAGCUUAAUGGAAAUGGGGGCCAAGCGGAAGAAGAGGAAGAUUGGAACUCAAAACAGAAAAGGGAGGAGGAGGAAGCUGACUUGUUGGAGGGUUUGGGUCAGGCUAGGGACGAUGAUCCCCUCUGUCCGAGGUACACCUUUUCUAUUGAGGAGCAUAAGAAAGAUUGCGAGCAGUGGAGGAAGGCCCUGAUCAUCAAGAUUAUGGGCAAACGCAUUGGAAUGAGGUUUCUCAUGGCCAGACUCCAGAGGAUCUGGAACCUGGUAAGCACGUAUGAAGUAAUUGACCUUGAUAAUGGGUUUCUGUUGUUGAGAUUCCAGGAUGAUGGUGAUUAUCGCCAUGUUUUUGAAGAAGGGCCAUGGAUUGUUAAUGACCACUAUGUGGUUGUCCAAAGGUGGAGGCCCUUCUUCGAUCCUUAUGAUGAGAGUGUUACCAAGCUGGCUGUGUGGGUGAGAAUCUCAGGUCUUCCUAUAGAAUUGUAUACGGUGCGUCAUCUGUGGCGUAUAGGAAAUAUAUUUGGUCGCAUACUGAAAGUGGAUAGAAAUUCGUUGAGGAAGAGUGAGUAUGGAGAUGCAGUUAUUACUGAACGGGCUAGAUUUGCCAUAAUUUGCAUUGAGGUUGACUUGAGGAUGAGUUUACUAUCAAAAUUUACGAUAGGAAAAAAGGUUUACCAAGCUGGCUAUGAAGGAUUACAUCUAAUAUGCUUUAACUGUAGGAUGUAUGGCCACAGAAAGGACCUUUUCCCUGCUGCCCAGGCUCCUUGUGCUCUACAGGUUGAGGGUAAUUCAGGACUGGAGACGAAACUAAACAGUGCUAUUGGGAAGGAAGCUAAGGAGGUUGAUCCAGAGGAGGCUUUUGGGAGCUGGAUGGUGGUUCAUAGAAAAUCUAGAAGUAGGAGGCUGAAGGCUAGGCCUGCUAGUCCGAAGAAGGAAGUUGUGUUGGAUCAGAAAUCCAAGUCUAACCUUGUAAUCCCAAGUUCUUGUGUAAAGACUAAUAAUCCUGGUGGGGAUAGCAGGAAUGAUGGAUUGGCUGAUCAAUCUGAUAAUUCUCCUUCUGGUGUGGUCUUGGAAGUAAAUGGAAAAAAGGAAGAGUUGGAGAGCAAGAGUGAUGGAGGAGGUGGAAAUGAGAGGAAAUUAAAAGAACAAGCCUCGAGGGUACAGAGAGUGAAAACCAACUCCAAAGGGAUAGGCAGCAAGAAUCUUCCGUCUGAGAACCAGCCCCCCAAUUCUUUAGUUGUGGGAUCUCAGAAGUUGACCAGUAGAAACAAAGGUUCAGAAGGGGGAGUGUUGCAGCCUAUGCACGAGUUCCAUAGCAAUGUGCCUGGGAAAAGCAAAGGAGAUGGGUCUAUGAACCUGGUGAAGAGUGGAAUCUCUAUACAGAAUGAGAUGGAAGGAGUAAGGAAGAGAGAAUUCCCUGCUCUGAUUAGAGACAUUAAAUAUAAGUUUAAUAUUAAAGUGCUGGUCUUACUGGAGACUAAGAUUCAGGGUGACAAAGGGGAUACAAUUAUAAAAAAAUUGGGAUUCCCUAAGUUUUUCAAACAAGAAGUUGUUGGCUUUUCUGGAGGAAUUUGGGUUCUGUGGGAUAGCAGAGAUGUUGAGUAUAAAAGGUGGGAGUUAGUUACCUUUGUCUAUGGGAGUCCUAGAAGGAUUGAAAGAAUGAGCUUAUGGGAGGAAUUGGAGUUUCUGGCUGGUUCAAUUAAUUCUCCCUGGGUCAUCUUGGGGGAUUUUAAUUAUGUCCUAAAUGUUGCUGAGAAGUAUGAAGGUGAAGAGGUUUGUUAUAGAAGUGUUCAGGAGAUGCAGGAGUGCCUGGAGGUUUGUGGGUUGUCAGAUAUAGGGUAUAAAGGGCCAAUAUUCACUUGGAAAAGGGGAAGCUUACAAGAAAGAAUUGAUAGGGCUGUAGCUAAUGAGGAUUGGAAUCUUGCCUUGCCAAACAGAAAGUGUUGGGGAAAAGAUGUGGAUUGGUUAGUUUCUAGUAAAGACUUUGAGGAGGAGGCAACUAGAUGGCAUCAUGAUAUUUUUAGGGAGGAAAUGAGACAGAAACACAUAAUUUAUGCUAGAAUUCAAGGCCUGGACAUGCAAUUAGAAGCCAGAUAUGACAGGGAGCUUGAGAGGUUGCAGAGAGAUCUUUGGAAAAAGUUGGAGAAAAUUUUGUUAAGGGAGGAGCUAAAUUGGUUCCAAAGGUCUAGAAUCAAUUGGCUGAAAUUUGGGGAUAAAAAUUCUCAGUUUUUUCAUUCCUCUACUGUUGCCAGAAGAAGAUUCAACAAAGUGGUUGCAAUCAGGAAUGAGGUUGGAGAUUGGACAUCAGAUAUAAAGGAGAUGGUGGAGAUAGCAGUGAAGUACUUUGAGAAGUUAUCUCUAGCUGAAGGGGAUGGGUAUGAGUAG